UAAUCAAACUGGGGGUUUAUUCAUAUUAAUAAAGGUUCUAUCUUUUUUGUUGCAGAUAAAGAAUUCAUAUAACAUGGACAAAUGAUGAAAAUAUAUUUUACACUUAAACUUCUGUGUUUUAUAGGAGCUAAAUGAGGCCUUUGUAGCUGAGGGAACAGCAACUAAUCGAGACAGAUUGAUCCUCACUGCUAGUGUCUCUGCUGAGAAAGCAACCAUCGAUGCCAGUUACGAAGUUGCACAGAUUGCCAUGUACCUUGAUUUCAUCAAUGUGCUGACAUUUGACUUUCACGGCCCCUGGGAAAGUGUCACAGGACAUCACAGCCCCUUAUUCCAGGGAUCCCAGGACACUGGAAAUCAAACCUACUUGAACACUGAUUUUGCCAUGCGGUACUGGAGGGACCAGGGAGUACCCACACAAAAGUUAAACAUGGGGAUUGCAGCAUAUGGGCGAGCUUUUGACCUCUCCUCUGCAUCCAGUGAUGUUGGAGCACCAGCCAGUGGUCCCGGUGAAGAAGGCUGCUACACCGGUGAAGAAGGAUUCUGGGCCUCUUAUGAGAUCUGCCUUUACCUUGAGGGAAUUACACCGCAGCUUAUUGUUGAUCAGAAAGUUCCAUAUGCGGUUGCAGAAAAUCAAUGGGUUGGAUUUGACAAUGAAGACAGCAUUGAUACCAAGACUAAUUACAUAAAGACUAAUGACUUUGGAGGAGCCGUUGUCUGGUCUCUGGACCUCGAUGACAUUAGCGGAAAAUUCUGUAACAUGGGAAACAACCCCUUCAUCAGCCAACUGCACACUCUCCUGGUUCCAG